UGAGGGGACCCCCACGUGCGGCGGCGGCGGCGAUGAAGUUCGCGUACCGGUUUUCAAAUUUGCUGGGGACAGUCUAUCGGUGUGGAAACUUAAAUUUUACCUGUGAUGGCAAUUCAGUCAUCAGUCCUGUGGGAAACAGAGUCACUGUAUUUGACCUUAAAAACAACAAAUCCGACACUCUGCCCCUGGCCACUCGGUACAACGUCAAGUGUGUGGGGCUGUCCCCGGACGGCCGCCUCGCCAUCAUCAUCGAUGAAGGGGGGGAUGCUCUGCUGGUCAGCCUGGUCUGCAGGUCCGUGCUCCACCACUACCACUUCAAGGGCUCUGUGCACAGCGUCUCCUUCUCCCCUGAUGGCAGGAAAUUCGUCGUCACAAAAGGCAACAUCGCUCAGAUGUACCACGCCCCUGGGAGGAAGCGGGAAUUCAACGCGUUCGUCCUGGACAAGACCUACUUUGGGCCGUACGAUGAGACCACGUGCAUCGACUGGACAGACGACUCCCGGUGCUUUGUGGUCGGGAGCAAAGACAUGUCCACGUGGGUGUUCGGGGCCGAGCGCUGGGACAACCUCAUCUACUACGCGCUGGGGGGACACAAGGACGCCAUCGUGGCCUGCUUCUUCGAAUCCAGCAGCCUGGACCUGUACACGCUGAGCCAGGACGGAGCCCUGUGUGUGUGGCAGUGUGACACGCCCCCUGAGGGCCUGAGGCUGAAAGCCCCCACAGGCUGGAAGGCGGACCUGCUGCAGAGGGAGGAGCAGGACGAGGAGGGGGAGAGGGAGACCACUGUCCGCGGGAAAGCCACCCCGGCAGCGGAGGAGCAGCAGGGAAAAGUGAAGUACUCUCGGCUGGCCAAGUACUUCUUCAAUAAAGAAGGGGAUUUUAACAAUCUGACAGCUGCAGCGUAUCACAAGAAGAUCCACCUCUUGGUCACUGGUUUUGCUUCCGGAAUCUUCCACCUUCACGAGCUCCCGGAGUUCAACCUCAUCCACUCCCUGAGCAUCUCGGAUCAGAGGAUCGCGUCCGUCUCCAUCAACAGCUCUGGGGACUGGAUUGCCUUUGGCUGCUCAGGCCUGGGCCAGCUGCUGGUGUGGGAGUGGCAGAGUGAGUCCUACGUGCUCAAGCAGCAGGGCCACUUCAACAGCAUGGUGUCCCUGGCCUACUCCCCCGACGGGCAGUACAUCGUGACCGGCGGGGACGACGGCAAGGUCAAGGUGUGGAACACUCUCAGUGGCUUCUGCUUCAUCACUUUCACGGAACACUCCAGCGGGGUCACCGGUGUGACCUUCACUGCCACUGGCUAUGUCAUCGUGACCUCUUCCAUGGACGGGACUGUGCGAGCCUUUGACCUUCACAGGUACCGGAACUUCCGCACCUUCACGUCCCCACGCCCCACCCAGUUCUCCUGUGUGGCUGUGGACUCAAGUGGGGAGAUCGUUUCUGCUGGGGCCCAGGACUCCUUCGAGAUCUUUAUCUGGUCCAUGCAGACAGGCAGGCUCCUCGACGUUUUGUCUGGCCAUGAGGGGCCCAUCAGCGGUCUGUGUUUUAAUCCAAUGAGGUCGGUGCUGGCCAGCGCCUCCUGGGACAGGACAGUGCGUCUGUGGGACAUGGUCGACAGCUGGAGGACCACGGAGACCCUGACCCUGACCUCCGACGCUCUGGCUGUGACUUUUCGCCCCGACGGUGCAGAGCUGGCUGUGGCCACUCUGAACUCACAGAUCGCCUUCUGGGACCCCGAGAAAGCCGUGCAGACGGGCUCCAUUGAGGGCAGGCACGACCUCAAGACAGGCAGGAAGGAGCUGGACAAGAUCACCGCCCAGCACUCGGCCAAGGGGAAGGCCUUCACCACUCUGUGCUACUCGGCGGACGGCCAGAGCAUCCUGGCGGGAGGGAUGUCCAAGUUCGUGUGCAUCUACCACGUCAAGGAGCAGAUCCUCAGGAAGAAGUUUGAGAUCUCCUGUAACCUCUCUCUGGACGCCAUGGAGGAAUUUUUGAACCGAAGGAAAAUGACCGAGUUUGGUAACCUGGCACUAAUCGAUCAAGAUGCCAGGGAGGAGGCUGGAGUCGCGAUACCACUGCCGGGAGUGAAGAAAGGUGACAUGAGCUCUCGGCACUUCAAACCUGAAAUCAGGGUGACCUCCCUCCGCUUCUCUCCCACCGGGCGCUGCUGGGCGGCCACCACCACCGAGGGGCUCCUCAUCUACUCCCUGGACACCCAGAUGCUCUUUGACCCGUUUGAGCUGGACACCAGCGUCACCCCCGGACGGAUCCGGGCGGCACUGCGCCAGCGGGACUUCACCAGGGCCAUCCUCAUGGCCUUCCGGCUCAACGAGAGGAAGCUGCUGCAGGAGGCCCUGGAGUCGGUGCCCUGGGACGAGAUUGAAGUUGUCAGCUCCUCCUUCCCUGAGUUGUAUGUGGAGAAAGUGCUGGAAUUUUUAGCUUCAUCCUUUGAGGUGUCUCGCCAUCUAGAAUUCUACCUGAUGUGGACUCAGAAGUUGCUCAUGGUGCAUGGGCAGAAGCUGAAGUCCAGAGCGGGGAAGCUGCUGCCAGCAGUUCAGUUCCUUCAGAAGAGCAUCCAGCGGCACCUGGACGACGUCUCCAAACUCUGUGACUGGAACCGCUACACCAUUCAGUACGCUCUGGCAGUUUCCAAGCAGAGGGGCAUGAAACGCCCCUCGGAACCUCGGGGAAGUGAGGAGGAAGCAGGCGCGUCCGAUGACGAUGACAGUCUGCACCUGCUCGGGCGAGGACACGGGGACGAGGACGAGGACGGGCUGCUGGUGUAGAGCCGACCGGGUGUGCAGCCCCGCUCGUUUCGGUUAAGACCCCUGAGAGAUGGAACCGUGCUGCCUGGGCACAGGAAGUGAGGGGAGGGCAGCCCGGAGAGUGUGGCAGUGCUGUCGCCGAGGACUUGCUCUUCCUGUGAGAAUCAGACAGGGCAGCAGCAUCAGAGCGAGCUGAGCGUCCCCGGCCAGCCCAGGCCUGGCACGCGGGGCCCAGGAUCCGGCCACGUGAAUGAAAGUAAAGGAUGGGCGUCUGCUAUGGAAAACGCCUUCCAGAGAGACAACUGGGUUCACGUUGAUAGACGCAAACUUCGUAAGAGCGUUAUUUAUAUUUUUAGUAUGCAGUUCUGAUGAUAAAUUGAGGGAUGAAAAAGAUGGGAUUUUCUAAAAUGUAAGAAUGGAUUAAGUUUGAACUCUGAAUUAAAAAUGUUUAUAAU